CCUGAUUUAGCGUUGGAGAUAUCCAUUGUGUAACAAACGGAACAGUGUUGCGCAGCAUCCUUGAAUGACACAGUUCAACAUGGAUCACUUAAUUUUCAUCUAAAUUUAAGUUAAACUCCAAACGGACAAAGAUGGGGGAGAGUGUGGAUGUUCGUGCGUUGAGGGCCAGGUUCCAUGCCAAGGCUGACAUGGCAGGUAGUCAAGAUAGUACUUCAAAAUCUCCACUGCCAGGAUUUGGUAGAGGAGGCUCGUUGUUGGCAGAUGCUGGUGUUACAGUAAAUGGAGGGGUCCGACAUAAACUGAUGCCUACGGUUCCCACACCACCACUUUCUGGAUCAAGCUCCACACCCGACCUUCAGAGACUACCACCACGACCUGUAAGGGCUGAACUGGAGGGCAUAUCCACCAUCCCCAAGCCUCAUGGUGUCUUCCCCCGCCCUCCACCAUCACACCGCCCCCAUGGAGCCACCAAGGAGCCGCCCCGACCUCUACCCCCACCCUCAGACACUGACAGGCUAGGGAAGGUGAGGGUCACAGGAGAACGCCUGCAGAAUAUGAUGCUAACGCACAAGGGAGUACCCACCGCCCCUUCCAAGCCAGCGCCCCCCUCCCUACCCAGCCAGAGGAGUCUGACAGAGGUAACCCCCCUGAGAAGGACCCUGCCCUCUGAGGGCUCCAGACCCAUAAAGCCCAGACGACCCCCCCACGUCAACCUGCAGGCCCAUCAGAGAAACACCAGGGCACCACACCUUGCAGGGCGCCCAGGGUUAAGGAAGACUGAAGGUGGCAGCAGUAAGUCUCUUCCAGGGAUAGUCAGUCUGUCUGACCCCUCAAGACUCCCAACCAAGCCCAGCAGCCUACCACGGCAGUGUACCCCUGUACAUUCUGAGGAUGACCAGGGGGAAUAUGAUGACAUAGGCCUAGGCCUAGAUGUAAAACCACCUCCCCCACCCCCAAACCCAAAACACCCAGGGAGCUGGGACAAAAGUGACUCCUGGAAUGAAAAUAGUUCUUCACAAAUAGAUAAGGGGAGUGAUGAAAGUGAGGUCUAUGAUAUGAUUGAUAAUGGCAACCAAGAGGAGGUGAAAACCACAAGUUCUGAUAAGAAUAAACAGAAAGAGUUGAGCCGGCAGAAAGAGCAGGAGAGGAGAGAGCAAAAGGAAAUACUGGAAAGGGAAAACAAAUACAGAAAGAAAUUCAAGCUGGGGACUGGGGACAUAGAGGUCCUUCACAUGGCCAGGGUUCGACAUGACUGGCAGGGGGGCAAGCAGGAUCUAACUGUUCGGCAGGGAGACAGUGUGGAGAUCUUACGGGUUAAGAACAAUCCUGGGGGCAUGUGGCUAGCCCGCACACAGACUGGCACCUAUGGCUACAUCAUUAACACAUGUGUGGAUGUGGACUAUGAGGAAGUGAAACGUAAACUCAAACUGUCCAGAGCUCCUGACCCCUCACUGCCACCACCACCACCUCCACCUCCCGUCUCUUUUGAGGACAAUGACAUUUAUUAUGAUGUCGAUUCCUCAGAUAACAUGAACAGCAGCAUGACUCAAGAGGAGGAUGACUACGAUGAUGUGCAAGGAAUAAACAAUGACUUCCCCCUUCCACCUCCUGAAAUAAGUCUACAUCCAAAAAUGAGCAAGAAACCGGAGAAAGAUGAACAAGAUUUCAGAAAAAAAUUUAAGUUUGAGGGACCGAUUAAGGUGUUACACUGCAUGAUGGUUGACGCAAGCAUCAAGAAAUCAGGAGGGAAGGAUCUAGCUGUGGUUCAAGGGGAGAUCCUGGAGAUAAUUCAACUCACCAGUGACAAGAAAGCCCUGUGUCGCAAUGAGCAGGGGAAAUAUGGAUAUGUGCCCAGGGUUGUUCUUCUUCAGGCGGAAGGGGAGGAUGUUUACGACGAUGUUGAUCAUAUUAACGAGAAUUUGGCAGUAUGUACAACCGGCCUCACAACCGCAGACCACGUGUAACCACGCAAGCCCAGAACCUUCACAUCCGACUUCUUCACUUGCAGGAUCAUCUGAGACCAGCCACCUGGACAGCUGAUGCCCUUAUGAAAAAAUAUUGCAGUCAGAGUGCAGUAUAACUGCAGCACACUGCAGUAUAACUGUAGUUAGAGUGCAAUAUGACUGCAGUAUGCAGGAGGAAAAUACAGUGUCCAAAAUAACACUGUUUUUUUAACUGCAGUAAUUUUGCAGUGUAACUGCAGUAUAACUUCAGUUCAACUGCAGCACACUGCAGUUAUUCUGCAGUUACUGCAUCCAAAAUACCACAGUCAACUGCAGUUACUGCACCUUUACUGCAGUUUCAAAUCUGCAAUCUUUUUUGUAAGGGUGAAACUGAGGAGAGAUUCUGUCUGUAAUAACGCCCUUUUGUGGGGAAACCUCAUUCUGAUUGGCUGGACCUGGCUCCCUAGUGGGUGGGCCUAAAGCACCCCUGCGCAGUCAUGUGAAAUCCAUAGAUUAUCGCCUAAUUUAUUUAUUUCAAUUGACUGAUUUGCUUAUAUGAACUGUAACUCAGUAAAAUCGUUGAAAUUGUUUCAUGUUGCGUUUAUAGUUUUGUUCAUUAUAUAUGCAAAGUAGUAAAAGUACAAGGAGUUAACCCCUUUCAUGACCUCCUCUCUUCUCC